UCCUUGUCAUCGGGACUCCGCAGCAGAGAGAAAGCGGCUAAAACUGUCGAAAUGGCUCUAAACGGAGACUUUUACUAUGACAAAAUUGGCUCCAUUCAGCAGAGCAUGCAGAAAAGUGCGAAACAGAGGCAGGAGUUGGAGCAGGAGCUCUUCGCUUUAUCAACAUCUGAUGAAACAGUCUCACAGAUAAAGUGUUCCAAACUGCGCAGUUAUCUGAAGGAAAUCUGUGACAGGGAGGCACGAGCGAAAAUGAGAAACCUUGAGCUUCUGAAACAUGUGGAGUGCAUAGAAAUUAACAUGAAGGACUACUGUCAUGGCCGUGGCCCGCUGCAACAACAAAAGGCUGAGACUUUGCAUAAGAGUUUGAAAUUCAUGGAUGCACAGAAGGAAAAGGAAAAAGAUCUUGCAACAGCAAAGAGUGAAGCUCCACACAAAGACUACCAGCAUGGCUCUCAGGAUUCUACACAACUGCCAGGGAAAAUUUUUGUGGGCUCUAAGCCCUCCAGAGAGGCUGAGGCUGAUCCUGACGCCACAUCUGUUGACUCUCACCGAGCAUUACAUCCUCCAUCCAACAGUGGCGUGUUGUCCUGUGAGCAUAUACCAAGUGGCCUUUUGAAGGACUACAGAGUUGGUGGCGAGGAUGCCUCCAGCAAACGAGCACAUUUAUCAGAUGACAUUUCAGGCGCACACGAUUCUCCUGACAAACAUGAAAGCAUGUCAGUCGAGGUUGUAUCUGUAGAUGCUGGUGACGUGCUUGUCAGAACUGGAGAUGAUCCGCAACCUUCACCUUUGGUGACCUUGACGGUGCCUGAGAAGAAUCUAUCUCCCAGUCAUAGCCCCAUGUCUCCUCAAAAUUCUCCUGCAGAACAGUUGCUUGAAGCGGUACAGUGUUCAAACGUAACGAAAACGCCCGAGAGAGGUGUCACUGACUUUACGCCAGAAACAACUUUUGGACAACGAUCCCAUGAUGCCCCAGACAAACAUCAGAAUGCCAUCACACCAAGCUCAGAUGUGGAGUUGUCAGAGAGUAGUGAUAGUUACAUUUCCAUUUCUCUGACACAAUCUGAAUCGGAGGAGGAUCCACCUGAGGAUGCAGAACUUUCUGACAAGAGAGACAGUAACACACAGCACAGUCCUGAAUUGUCUGUCCAGUUUGAUGAGCUAAAGACCAACCCACACUCAAAAUGUGACUCUGCUGCUGCGGGCAUGACCUUGGAAAGUCUCUCCCAGGAAGGACUCUUUAAUCUGCUGGAGAGCAUUGAAGGACGACUCCAUGGAAAAUGUGCCUGCGUCUACAGGGACUCUUCAGUUAAUGGAAAGAGCCUCAAUAGAAUUAUUAGCCUUUGUAACAGUGGAGCAGACUUGAAUGAUGAGGACCUUGAAGCGUGCGGAGCAGUCGUCCUGCAUGAGAUUCAGAGAUUGUCGUGGAGCACAGCAGCGGGCUGCCUGUUACCACCAAAUGUCGUGACCGCUCACCAGUCCAGCACUGAGCCUGAGGUAAUCAGCACCAGCCUCCCGCCCGAUGCUGCUUGGCUGUGGGAUCGGUGGUUCAAGCAUGCUCUUCUGCUCAAGGAGCAGCGUGUCCUCACUGUUGAGCGCCUGGUCCAGCUGUUCACGCCGCUGCUGGUGGAGCGGCAUGCUACCUACAGCCACCAGGCCAAAGUGCUGCUGAGGACACUUCUGUCCCAGUCCAGUGAGGAGUGCUCCUCAGCACAGGAAAAGAGUGAUGCGUCUUCUUCUUCUGGUGGGCUUCCUGCAGCCCAGACUGACAAACGGGAUAUGAAACCUGCUGGGUUUGAACAGAAGCAUCAGAUUCAAGAACUACAAAGUACUGAAGAGGACAGCCAAGACGAAAGCCCUGUGGAAAGUGUUCCUAUUAGAGCGACGAAAGCAUAUCAGCGACUUAAGCAAUCUGCCAUGCAGGAAAGAGUGCACAGUUCUGAAGAGGAGGAGGAGGAAGUGUCAGGAAUAAAUCACAGUGAUGAAGAGGACCUGGGGAGGGCCGAUCGCCCCUCACAUCAAGACCCUUACCCUUGGAAGGGGAAGACGAACUCAAUGCGUCUUUAUGCAACACAGUCAAAAGAUUUCUGGGGUGAAUCAGAUGACAGCAACUCUGAGAUUGAAGCAGCCUUACGUCCACAACCUCUCACCACCGACACGGAUGACUUCUAUGACUGAACGUUCUCCUGCUGUAUUGGACAUGUCACUGAAUCCCGGUCGCACAGCCAGUCUCUGGACAGGACACAUCACCUGCAUUGUCUCAGUCCACCCAGCGGUAAAUGGGUACUGUCCAUCCACACCACGCUGCAGAAUCCAGGGAUAAGGAGCAGCACCAGCGGGCCUCUGGGACUGUGUCGCAUUGUGCCAAAGUCACUUUCCAGUUAAUCUCAUGGUAUUUCAGCCCGUGACUGUUGUUUGACUAAAUGCUGUGUUCUUUGCAGAUCAUCUGCACAGUGUAUCGUAAAAACAAAUACUAAAGUUGACAGCUCUCAGGCUGGUAACGUAUGUGAAGAGUUGUCCAAUGCUCUGAUGUUAACCUCGCUUCAGUCUCUUUAUCUGAACAACCCUCCCGGCUCAUAAUAACAGCUCGAAAUAGAUUAAACAGAUCUUUUAAAGUGAUUUGUUUGCAAUGGGCUGAAAAUCAUGCAUUUUGAAAUGCCGCAAGCAUCUCCGAGUGCUCUGCCUCCAGCACGGUCGAGUGUAGUGAUGUGAGUCACCUGGAAAAUGACAAAGCACAAUGGCCACUCUGCGUGCCACUGUAUG